UAUCUCCGAAUAUAAUUUAAUAGGAGUGUGAAUGGUCACAAGAAGAGUUCAAAUGAAAGUCAAGCUAAUGAAUCUGUUCGGAAAUGUUCGGUGGUUUUCUUUAAAGCUAACAGCGUAAGAAAUUGUGGCUCAAAGGUAAAAAAACAAAAAAGUAGACUUCUGGAAAAAGACAAUGGCAUCUUCACGCAAGACUUUGAAGCUUCUUUUUCGGGAGUUAAGUGUGCGAUAAGACCCAGUUAUGGUCUACCCACCUAUUUACCCACCUACCAUAGUCAUUAAAUUUUCCGACGAUAACUUUUCCAUCACUUUUUCCGACGAUAACUUUUCCAUCACUUUUUUCGAACUUUUACUCGCGCUUGUGCAAACGUAUGCAACAACACAAUAACGCUAGACAUUUGUAGAGCGUUGUUCAACUAAGUAAAGCGGUGUUCAGUGAGAGGUCACCGAGCGUACUACACAUUUAGACUCAAUUUCUAAAGUGCAAAGAUCUCAAGCGAGGUCACGUGAUAUUGGCGUUUAAAAUAUGCCAACUUGACAGUGUUAAAAGGGGUGUUUUAACAUACUGAACAACGCUUGACAACAUAAAGAUCAAUAGAAAUGUUAGGCGAUUCACUGAAGAUUUUAUUCUUCUUUUUGAGUUUCCCUCAACCUCUCUGAGCCUCGCCAAACAUCACUGAAUGUCGCUUGUUAAGAUUUCCAAACGUACUUUACAUUCACGCUCUACAAAUGGAGGGAAAUUGCUUUUGACAUUGAUGGAUAGCGUGACGUUUUCUAAGCUGCAUUGCGUAUCAAUAUCAGAGUCACUUUCCAUGACCAACCAUGCAGAUUAAGUUUUUCAGUUAAAAAGAUACUGACAUUCCUUGCCGCAGAUUAAAAAGGAUUUGUAUCUUGUCGUGUAUUGCUGCGUACAUUUCUUUGUCACCUAAGAUUUGGAUAGUCAUUGUGUGAAUGUCAGGUAGAAUUUAGGAGAUAUUUUCUGUGAUAUAUUUAUUCAGAAAUCUUGUUAGCCUCGUUGUUAAUUCGACUGUUAGAAAGUUGUUAUGCAAAUUGCAUUAAACGUUUUUGAAGUCAUUCUCCUACUGAUCUAAGAAAUAAGUCACCAAGCCGCCUCUCGUGGAAAUCUGUUGAUUAUCUAAUAACGAUGUUCAAUGGCCUUAUUGUUCCAUCAAAUGAAAAGAAACUGUUAAGCAGUAGCAGAGCAGCUCAGGCUGAUUAGCGUGAACAAUUCGAAUAUGAUGAUUGUGUAGGUCUCAAGGUUUUUGUUUCUGUCACUAACCACUGUGACAUGAUCCGACAUGUUAUGGCUGUUCCUAUUUAGGUAGCCCAUGUGCCUUUCAAUCUAAAAUUCAAAGAGAACAAGGUACAUACCAUUCAGAAGCAAAAUAAACAAUAGUUGCAUCUUCUGUAUGCAAUAAAGAAAUGGCUACUUUUUCCGUUAUCGUUGCUGGUGCUCUGGUGGUAUCACUCUUUGUUGCAAUAUUCAAGAAACUUUACCACUCGUUUUUUGGCUGUCUUCAAAGUAAAGAUAUUCCCAGCCCGGCUGCCUACCCAAUCCUUCGUCAUAUGCCGUACUUCCUUGACAGCGUUGAUGAUGAUAAAAAACUAUGUGCAUGGGCAGAAGCGUUUAAAAAAGAAGGGAUAUUCAAGUUUGAUCCAUUGCUAGGUUCAGAGAUUAUCUGCGUUUUCAGGGAGGAAUUUCUAAAAAAGAUUCUGGUGAAAAACUGUACAAAAUAUGGUAGACCAACGAAUCUUUCUAAAGUCUUCCCAAAGAUUGCAAAAGGGGUUUUUAUUGUUAAUGGUAAAGAACAUGCUUGGCAAAGAAAAAUGUUGAAUCCUGCCUUCUCAUUUUCGUCAUUAAUGGCAUUUGUGGAGGUAUUUGAUGCCAACACAAACAAUUUGAUAAAGUGCUGGAAAGAUAAAGCUGAAAGCUCCUUGUCGGGGGUUGCAGAGGUAGACAUUCACAAGGAUUUCAGUAAACUGACUUUAGAUGUUAUUGGGGAAACUGCAUUUGGUUAUAAUUUCAAUACACUUACUACUGGGGAAAACAAAAUCAGUCAAUCUGUUGAGCUCAUUUUAUCAGGAAAAAUUGGUGUUGUUGCAAGAGUUUUGAGACGAUACAUACCAUUCUAUGACAUGAUUCCAUUUCCAGGAAAUAUCAAAUUGAAGAAUGCAGCCAAAGUUGCUAAUUCAGUUGUCACUGAGAUUAUCAAGAAAAAGCGGGAAAUGUUAAGCGGUGGCGUAGAUCCUAAUGGUGAUUUGUCAAAAGAUUUGCUUGGCAAAAUGAUAUUGCUGCAGGAUGAGGAAACAGGCCAGCAGUUAUCUGAUGAAGUGAUUGAAUCACAAGUUUUUACCUUCAUGGUUGCUGGACAUGAAACAACAAGUGUUGCCCUAACGUGGACAUUCUAUCUUUUGGCAAAGCAUCCUGACGUUCAAGAGAAGGCAAGAGAAGAGGCAAAGACUGUUCUUUGUAGUUCAAAUGUAGUUCGAAGUGAGCAUCUUGAAGAUCUUCGCUACAUAACUGCGGUUUUAAAUGAAUCUCUCCGGAUGUAUCCCCCUGGUGCAGUCUUUCGGAGAGAGGUUUUGCAAGACGAUGAAAUCGGGGGCUACAAAAUCCCCAAAGGUGCAAAUAUAAUCGUCCCAGUGUGUGUUAUGCACCAUAUGGAGGAGAACUGGCAUUACCAUAACCAGUUUUCACCAGAAAGAUUUCUCAUCGAAGGAGAAAAGCAGCCCGAAGUUGGUAAUUACAAGUUCAUGCCAUUUUCCAAUGGGCCUCGUAACUGUAUUGGACGGAAGUUUGCAGUGAUGGAAAUGAAAGUUAUCAUUGCAAAACUACUGACCACAUUCAAGUUUAAUUUGGGCCCAAGACAAGAACCGAUGCAUACCAAACUGCAACUCACAAUGAAGCCCAAUCCGAAGCCAGUUUUAAGAAUUUCUCCCCUCGAAGACUGAAAUUUCUGUGAUUAAAGGCACAGACUUUUGGUAUAAUGUUAUUCUAUGUCCCAUUUACGCAGGUUUUCCCAAUCAUUUGACUGUAGCUCAGUUAGUCUAUAUUAUUAUAUAUAAUCUUAUAUAGUAUUUCUAUAUAAUUCUCUAUUAAAUGUCUAUAUAGUUCAUACUUGCAGUAAUGUUCAGGAACAGAAUUUUCUUUUUCCGCGUCUCCCUCAGAAAAACUAAGCCAUAACCCGCAAAAUUUCAGGGUUUUAGGCUACGUUCUCUAGAAUGACCAAGCAAUUCAAUUUUCUACUGGAUAAUGAUACAGAAUAACAUAUGAACUUCUUUGCAUGGCUCCCUCAGAAAAACUGGGCUGUAACGAUGAUCGUUGGCUGCUGGUUCGUUACCAUAGGUCGCUCGUUAAAAGCAUAGACUUUCAUGGUCAUUUCUGUUAUUAAAAGUAAUACACUAUGACUCUGUUUUGAAUUUUAGGAAGGAAAUGAACAUGUGUCACUCCUCUCAAGGAAGGAGCUCAUUUUGUCCUCCCCUCAGACCGAUACGUCAUCACUUAUAGUAGCCUUUUAUCCAGACCCAUACAGUUUUUGACAGCAUAGUUUUUCAGAUGAUCUUCACUUGGUCUAUAAUUUCUUCAGAUCAUUUUACAUCAAGGUAGAUGCCUGGGUGGUCCCCUAGCUUGCUGCUGGGAAAACUGUUUUAAAUUUUUUCAGCCAACAAGAGGUCUGUGGAAAUUUCUUGUGAUUAAAGUAUAACAGAGUGUGAGAGGAUGCGCAAACAAUGUCAAAAAUAACUAAUAACAGUAAAUUCAGCAAAGUUGAAAUGCAAAUAAAUCGUACAAAUUCUUGUAAAGCAACAAAUGUCAUAAACUCUUUGUUAACGGCUAUGGUAAUCUGCAAGAGCAAUGACGAUUAAUUAUCAAAUCCAAUACAAUUUUUGCAAAGAUUUAUUUUUAUUUAUUUACCUUACGACCAGUGUGCGACUAUGCUAUCAAAUGAUAUGCAGCCAAUUGAAGCAAAAACGUCACCUAAUGUUUGCCAUUUGCAACUGACAUUAAAUCUUUAGCCUUAGUCUCAAAGUAAAAUCUCCGCUUGGCUUCAGCCAACCCUUUCUAAAAUACUCCUUUACAAACCAACCGAUGGUGCAUUCAAUAAAGGCCAAUUUCCUAUACAAAUCAAAAGAACAUAGCAAAGAACCCUAGUGUAACAAUUUUCCAACUCACUUUCAAGUUAUUUUUCUUGAGAGGUUGUAAAUCUGCCCAGUGCUUGCCACGUGAAAUAAAACUUUGCAAAUGAAGGGUCUGAUUAUCGGAGCUGUCUAGUUUCCAUACUGCUCGACCUGAUGACGAAAUUAGUUUACCCUAAACCUAACCCUAAACCUAACCCUAAACCUAACCCUAAACCUAAACCUAACCCUAACCCUAACCCUAAACCUAACCCUAACCCUAACCCUAACCCUAACCCUAACCCUUUACUUGAAAUAAUUAAUCAUACUAAUUUAUGACUAUUAAUCAUGCUUCUUUAUGACUAUCAGGUCGAGCAGUAUGGAAACUAGACAAUUCCUUGAUUAUCAGGCUACCUCACACGGGGCACCAUUGUAAUGCAUAUACGGCAGCUCAGCAAACAUGCAGACUUCGUUAAAAUAUUGGGCGAUAUUUACGGAAUAAAACAAUGUACUUUGGCGUCAAAGAACUUUUUUGAUUGGAGUAAAGCAUAUCUUUCAAACUAAAGGACAUCAUUCCUUUUUUCAAGCUACCUACAUAUUCGAACAGUGAGACGCUUGUACCCAAAGUUAGGUGGUAACAUAGAUGUUGACCAUAGUCUAUUCACAAUACUUCGACUUGGUUUCGUCUGUUUUGACUUACUGUGAUAGGUUUCACAAAAAAUGAUGGGGUAGAAAUAAAAGAAUAUGACAAAAUUUCCAAUAACGGAACAUAGAUAAUAGCCAUUUAACACUUGUUGCUUGUUUAUGAAAUUAGCCCAUUAUAUAUGAUAAUUAUAUUAAUCCCCAUUCCGCUUACCAAAAUAUGCAGGUGUUUUCUUUAUGGAGCAACUUAUUUUAAAACGAACCAAAAACUUAAUAUUGAAAAUUAGGAUCAGGUCAUAGCAGUGUUUGUAAUGCCUAUGAUAUUUUCAAGAAAUUGGAAAGAUUGCAUUCCAUUAGCAGUCUACUUUGCUGGUGUGUAUGGCAUUGUAUGGCAUUAACCUUCGUACUGUGUUUAUACUGCUGCAUAGCAAGUACUUUUUUAUGUGCAUAUUCUAAAACUUUUGCAUAUAUAUGGAAUUGUUAUUUCUCGAAUGAAGACAAGUUGAAUUUUGUUAUACCAUGCUAUUGCUUAAAAACAUCUUGAUCAGAUUUUUGGCUGAAGUGAUUUGUUGAAAUUCUUUAGGAAAUGGAAUGUUCCUUUUGUAGUUGUUUGGAAAGUUUGAAAUUGAUGGAACCUUGAAAGAAUGUUACAAUAGCAACACGGUGUUUAUUGUGGGGAAAGAAAAUUUCAUUUUGCUUCGUGCAGAAGUAAUAGAUGUUUUAGGUGUAUCUCUAAAUGAUGAUUCAUUUGCCAAAUGGAUUUUCCGCUUGUGGCCCUUAUCUUUUAAGUAUUUCGAUUUCAAAUGUCAUACAAUGUAUAAUUUACAAUGAUUUAUAAUGUAUACGCAUGAUUAAGUUGAAUAGAAAUCACAUCUGAAAGCACCAUUGUGAGCACUGAAGGGACCUUCUGUGAUUAAAAAGCGAUUUGCUAAUCGCUUUGUAUUUCGCAACACGUUAUGACAAAAUCUUACCUUUUGAUUCAGUCAAGGUUCCCUGUUUGUUUGAUACCUGGCGUUUGAAUUUACAUUCUACUCUCUUAAACGAGGACGUUGUAGUUGUAAAAACAGCCGGAAACUAAUUAACCUAGAACUUAUUUGAACUCGUUGUUAUAUACAGGCCCGUCGCUAGCAAUCGUGCCCAAGUGAGGUUUCCUAGUCCCAUUUGCAAACAAAGUGGGUAAGCCAUCCAUUGGAAAUUUACCAACUAAGCGCUCCUAUAUGGCAAAAAACUCCUCGUUUUUGCAAUGGAAAUUUCCAAGAGGGGUGUCACCCCAUGCGCCCCCCCUAUAGUGCCGGGCCUGGUAAUAUAUUUAGUAUCAAAUGUAAUUUAAAACCACAGGAACAGUUAACUCGAGGACAAAACCCUAAACUAAGAGUGUUCUGAAUUUAGUUUC